GCUGCUCAUAUCUUUCAAAGCACCCGCACGGACAAAAGAGCUUCUCAUACGCGCAAAUGGAAGGAGGUGAAAAAAUGAGAGGAAAUUCGGAAAAGGUUAUGGAGGGUGUUGCAUCCUUAGCCCUUUUGCCCAGUGGCUCCAUUUCAGGCCAUUUUGUGCAGCUUCCUCACUCCAUCUGCUAUGGCCUUCAUGGAGUCGAGCUGGAAUGUGAAAGGGAGUGCAGCCGAGGUGAGGAUUACCGCUUGAUCAAACUCACCGUGACAGACUUUAGUAGCAAGAAAGGAAGAGAUAUUGUGGUGGAAUGCAGAGGACAUGAUGCGGCUAAGAUAUGCAGCACUGAUCAUGCUCACGGGUGGCAGAAAGAUGUGGUGGGAAUGGUCGAGGAGAAGCACGGGAAAAAUAAGGUUACGGUUUUCUUUGAAUGUGAAACGUUGAAAGCUGAGAAAGCAGCUGAUGACCAUCUUCAGAAGUUCAUGCCUAAGUUAGUCGGGAUGGAUGCUGUUGUUAAUAUCGGGCGCAUGACGAUUGAAGGAUUGGAUUUUGAUGCAGAGACUGAACACGAGCGUGUUGAUGAGCAAAGCAGUCAGCCGAAUCACUAGAAAUCUGCUCGACACAUAUAUUCGGUGUUCUUUAACCCCUUUCUAUGUUUAAGAUCCAAAUUGCCAGAAGAAGAUAAUGCCGGUUUAACAACCUUGACCGGUUUUGACUUUACAUGAGAGGAACUCGACGUCUCAACUGUCGAUGUUCGGUUAUCACCCGACGAGACAUUUUUCACCAGGUUUUCGUUGCUUUUAGAAGGAAAACACACACUCUUGACAAAAUCCGGUGGAUCUAAAGGUUUGGGCUUUUUGAAUAUCGGCUUAUUUCUAGAGGAAGCAUUUUUAUUCAUGGAACCAGUUUUGAAAACAGAGGAGUUUUUGGGUCUUUGUAAGGAGUUUAUUCUAUCAGGAGAGAGGAUUUUUUUAGUAUCUGGUGAUGAAGUCUCUUUUUUUACAACCUUUUUCUUAUCAAAGGAUGUCUUCAGCUUUGGCGUGUCGAACUCGAAUCUGAUGUCGGGAGACAAGUUUAAAUCGAGCGAGCGGAUUUUGGUGUCCGUUUUUGGCUUGUUGUCGGCAUUUUUUUCUUUCUUUUUCUCGACUAUCUGCACAAAACAUCGUCGAGCAAAGGUUUUCUUGCCUUCUCUUCAGACGAAUGUUUGUUUUUUCCGUACUUACAGAAAUCGUGACAAGAACCAGUGGAUGAACGAAGAUAAUGUGGGUCCACGGCUCGUUUAUUAACUACAGAAGCCGAUUUUGGGGUCGAAUUCCCCAUUGAGCUGUGAGCUUUACUCUGGCUUCUGUUUAUGCAUUCUUCUCUUUCAUAAGCCAUAAAAGUUUUAGAAAUGUUAAAAAGUAAAUUGGAAGAAAACCAAAUUCCUGCAUAAACAAAGAAAAAUGAAAAACAAAGAAAAAAUAAUCUUGACACACCAACCAUGUUAAAGGCAGAACUCCAAAUACACACCAAAUCAAAUCCCAAACAAAAAAAACAAGAAAAACCAUGCAUACGCCUUAUAAAUCAAAGAGGCAAAUCCGCAGAAAACUAAUAACAGAGUCUCAAUUAUUCUCAUCUACUUCCGAAAAAAGAUGCAUAAAAAAGCUAUCUUUAAAUCUUUUUUAAACUGCCCAAAAAAAAUAAAUAAAAAAUGUUAAGUCUAUGAGAGAUGAAGUAAAAUCCAAGAACAAGCAUACCCCAAUUACCUUCUUUCUGAACAACCCUUUUUCUUCUCUACUGUUUUAUUGCAAAACAAAAAACAAAAAGGUUGUAAGGAACGACUUAGAAAUUUCGCGG